CAGGGCAGUGUCACUCCCGCUUCAAGUUUUAUCGGACCGAUAAGCACAAAGACUCGACAUGCUCACAUGGGAAACGUUAUUUUACACCAAUUCCGAGUUAGCCAACCGCUGAGUUGUUAGUAAAAUCUUCGUAAGAAAUCAUGGCAAACGUUAAAGUUGCCAUUCGAGUCCGUCCUCCCAACGCAAGGGAAGGUGCAGAUGGAGGAAGGCUAGCGGUUCAGGUGGAGGAUAAGUUUGUGAGGAUCCAAAAUGUGAAGCUGGAUGGACGAGCAGACGGUGCUGUAGAUUCCAGGGAGAAGCUUCUGGAGUUUUGUUUUGACUACUGCUACUGGUCGGUGGACCCUGCAGACCCUCACUAUGCCUCGCAGGAGGAGGUGUUCCAGGACCUGGGUGUGUUGGUUCUCUCCGGAGCUUCUGAGGGCUACAAUGUAUGUCUGUUUGCUUACGGCCAAACGGGAUCUGGGAAGACUUACACCAUGAUGGGGACACCGGACUCCUUUGGCUUGACCCCUCGCAUCUGUCAGGGUCUCUUUAGGUCUGAAGACACUUUUCCUGAUGGGCAAAAUUCAAGCAGAGUCGAGAUCAGCUUCCUGGAAAUCUAUAAUGAGCGUGUCAGAGACUUGCUGAGAGGAGGAGAACAGAAGAAGAGAGCCUCGCUGAGAGUUAGAGAGCACCCUGAGAAAGGACCCUAUGUACAAGACCUGUCACAGCAUGUGGUCACAGACUACAAGCAGGCCAUGGACCUUUUGGAGGAAGGCAUUGCCAACCGCAUCACUGCAGCCACCCACAACCAUGAUGCCAGCAGCAGAUCCCACGCCAUCUUCACCAUCCAGUACACACAGGCAAUCCUAGAAAAUAACCUUCCUUCAGAAACUGUCAGCAAGAUUAACCUGGUGGACUUGGCUGGGAGUGAGAGAGCAGACCCCCACUACUGCAGGGAUAGACUGACGGAGGGCUCCAACAUCAACAAAUCGCUGGUCACUUUGGGCAUCGUUAUUUCUGCUCUAGCCCAGAACUCCCAGAUGUCCAGCAGCUGCCAGAGUAUCAACAGCAUGGCCUCAGAGGGUGAUGGCAGCACGGUGGGUAGCCACAGCAGUUCCCUGUCUGGAGGAGGGAGGCGGCACUGCUUUAUCCCCUACAGAGACUCAGUCCUAACUUGGCUCCUGAAAGACAGCCUGGGCGGCAACUCCAAGACCAUUAUGAUUGCAACGGUCUCACCCUCUGCUAACAGCUACAAUGAGACCCUCAGCACACUGCGCUAUGCUGCCCAUGCCAGAAAUAUUGUAAACAAGCCCCGUGUUAAUGAGGAUGCCAAUGUUCGUCUGAUCAGGGAGCUGAGAGAGGAGAUUGACAGGCUGAAGAGUAUGCUGCUCAGCUUUGAAAUGCGGCGCAAUCCCAGUCCAUCCCUGAGUGAUGAGAGGGAUGGAAAUCUUUCUGACAUCGUGCUACAGAACGAACUAAAGGUGGAGCAGCUGACGAAGGACUGGUCAGAGAGCUGGAGAGACAAGAAAGAGCUGUUGGAGCAGUACAGUGUGGACAUCAACAGGGACCAGGCGGGCUUCCUCAUCAACUCCCUCCAGCCACACCUGGUUACCCUUGAUAGAGAUGUUCUCAGCACCGGGGUCGUUUUCUAUCACCUCAGGGAAGGAGUCACCCACAUUGGACCUCAAGACCAGUUUGAAGAGCCACAAAUAGUUCUGCAGGGCAGUUCCAGCUGUGAGAUUGAAAACUGUGGAGGUGUGGUAACACUCAGGCCGCUGCCGGGCUACUCCUGCCUGCUCAACGACAGGGAGGUCACUGAGCCCUGCAGACUGGCUCAAGGGAUGGUGAUCACCUUGGGAGAAGUUCAUAAGUUCCGCUUCAACCAUCCGGCAGAGGCAGCUGUCCUCCGGGAACGCAGACGGGCUAGUGAAGGCGGUAUGACCUGCACCUACAUUGACCUUUGCCCUUUGACCCCUGACCACAGUGUUGAAGAAGCGAAGCUCCAGGGGCAGCCGGGUGCCUGUAUCUCCCCAAGUGAGGAGUCUACUGCGAGACAGCGGCUGGAGGAACAGCAGCACUACGUGGAGAGUUUGCGACAGGAGAUCCAGGCUGCACAAAGACGGGCUGAGAGAGAGCUGGAGAGGGAGCAGGCUCACCUGCGACAGCAGCACAUUGAGAUCCAGCAGUGGAUUACGCAAGAGAAACAACGCCUGACAACUGUUGAGCAGAGAGUCACCCAAGAGUCUGGAGUUCAAACAGACGUUAUCCCUGCAUCCCUCCUGGAGCGGCUGGCAAGUCAGGCGUCUGAGGAACAGGAAGAUCUGACAGUGGAUCGUCCCUGCCUGGUGGUAAGAGCCAGGAAGAAGGCGGUGGAGGAGGAGCUACUAAAGCAUCACGCCCUUUGCCGUACUGAAAGCCGCAUCCGUCGGAAAAGGCUGCACUACCAGCUGGAGAGAAUCGCCCGCAAGAGGCAUCUGUUGGAAGCCAAGAGGCAGUUGCAGCAGCUGGAAAAAGCCCUGCCUCCUGGACUGGACAGCCCCGAGUCUCCUGAGCUGGGGUCCUCCUCAAAGCCUAGAGGACGACCAUUCGCUUCUCCUCUGGCAGAGCAGCUGAGACACGAGGAAGCAGCUCAGAGUGAAACAGAAAGCGAAGACAGUCAGAUGUCUAAAGACUCCUUGGCUGUGGGGAGCAACGGGAAAUACUCGAGACUAAACCGUACAGUGGUACCAAAUUACUCGCUGGUGACAGAUUCCUCUCAUUUAUCCAUGGGGCACAAUAGGACUGUACAGAGCAGUUUAGACUGGGGCAGCUCUCAGAAACCCCAGGUGAUCCCAGCAGAGGCCUACUGGAGCCAGCAAGGUUCCCCAAAAUCGAGAAAGAAAAUGGAAAUAGGUGCAACAAGGAAUCCUCUGUCUCAAAGCCCAUUAGUAGCAGAUUCCAGAGGCAAAGACACUGUGCAGGAAUUGACUGAAGACUUUGGGAACAUGCAGACCGCUUUGACCAGCAGUCCACGCUCACUGAGCAGCUGCAGUGUGAGGGAGCCAGAGAACCUGCUGGCGCUCACCGAUGCCUGGUCCUCCACCGAUGCAGCAGACAGUCCCAGGAUUCACAGAGAUUCCCUACCUUUCCAAAGAAAAAUGAUGUUCAGACAAGUGGAGAGCAGCAGCAGUAGUUCCAGUCCAACUAGUAUGAAUCUGUCAGACUCUCAGAGUGGAUACAGAAGCUAUAGCUCAACAUCCACCAGCACUGAGGGUGUAAAUGUAACAGUGCAGGAACACAGACUUGUGGUUUCAGGGGAGGCUCUAACAACACCAGAAGAUGCCCUCGUAUCGUGGGAUCAGGAAGGUGUGGAGCAACCAGGGCGACAGUCAGAAAAUGUGGAAAAUACAAUUAUAGAUUCUCCAGACUACAGCAACAAUGCAAGUCCAGCAUCCUUACCCACCUCAGAUCAGGCCACUUCUGUGUCUCACACUGGGAUUCCCGACACUGCACAAGCAACAUCAAACUUGCUUCAGGUGUUUCCAGAUGCACCUGAUGUGGUAGUUCGGGAUGUCAGUUUGUCCUCUGACAUUGAAAUGUGCACCUCAGGUUGUCAAUCAGUAAUGCAUUUCUCUACAAAUCCGACUAACCAAGGCCAAGCACUGAAUAAAAUGUCUGAAGCUAUGAGUGCCUUUAAACCGUCCAUUGAGGAUGAAUUACAAUGCAAUGUAGAUGGAGCAGAAAAGCUUAAAGAUGUACAGCAGUAUGAGUUUGAGAAUACCAAAGAUGUAUCACUUGCAAGAGAUAAAACCAAAGACACUGAGCUGUACAUUGCACUACAGCAGGAGCUUGUUAAAUCACCUGGUAAAAAUUCCAGGAAGAGGAACAAAGGCCAACAGGAUGCGUUCAUGGGCAGCCUGAAAAUUCCAAAAAGGAGCGACAGCAGAGAGUUGGUAACUUUCUGCUCGAUAGCAGUUGGCAGCCAGGAUCAUAUUUGGCCUGAUGACAAUAACAACACAAGUGACUCUAAAGCGGAGGAGUCUGCCGUGGAAACUUGCAGCCAUGGAUUUGAUUCUGCUUGUGCAGGUGGCAGCGUUAGAGAGGACAAAGCGGCUUCAGUGGCAUCGCCAGUUUCUGAUCCCAUGAUCAGGAAACUUGGACAGGUCUUUGAGGAUUCUAACUGUGAGCUUCAAAAUGAUGACAAAAGCUCCCAGAGUGGUUCCUCUGUGGGAGACAGAAAGAUGGUUGAGAAGGAAAAUGUAACAAUAGAAGAAGUAGAUGUAGAAACAAAAGCAGGAGAGUUCCACAUUAAUAACCCCAGGAAACAUCAAGAAAAUAGAAAUCACAUACGCAAGUCUGAUGCCAUUUGUAGUGCUAUUGACCUGAGAAUCUCAGAGAUGGUGAAAGAGCAUAUAACCCACAGCUUCAGCAAAUACACCAUGAAUCACCUUCUACAGUUGGUGAUACAAAGGUUAACUGUGGAUGUAGCCAUGUAG